AUGGCUCCCUUUUACAACAAUGCCAGCACUGCGCCUGCGCACCAGGCGAAUUCAACAGCACCCGUGGCUUCCGGAGCCGCAGCGCCGCCCCAGUAUGCGGAAUUCGAAGUCAGCAAAUCAGGUGCCAAUCCGGCAGACGCCGAUUCACUCCCCGCGAUGCCCAGCUGGGAGGGUGCAGGCUCGAAGAAGGUGGCUCUUGAGGAGGAGGUGGAGCUCGAGCAGAUGAACAAGCCGGCGGCAUCACCAAAUCCGAAUGGACAGAACAUGCCUCUUAUGGCACCCAACGCAAUGUCCCACCCGAACAGCCCCAUGCCGGGUGACAGGAGCCCUUAUGGCCAAAAUCCCCAGGCUGGUCCCAGCGGUUACUUCACCAACGCCAACCAGCCUGCGGGUCCCUACGAAAUGGCAGGUAACGGCUACAGCGAUGGAGCGUACGGACAGUCAGCGUCUUCUUUCGGCGUAGACCAAGGAUAUGGAAAUGGGGCCAUGGCUGCCGGAGGUAUGGCGAUGCAGGGCAGAGGUACACCUCACCAAGAGUUCAACAACAAUGGCUACGGGCCCCAGAGAGGUCAGACGUACCCCCGUCCUCAGCAAGAGUUUGAUCAGGGCUUCGGCAACAGCUACGAGCAGGGAGGCUAUGGCAUGGGCCGUCCUCCUCGAAAUGGCCCCAGCCCGGCACCGAUACCCCGAAGCUUCACAGCACCACCUCGCGAUGGACCCAGUCCCGCCCCAGCUGGAUAUCGCCGCUCUCCUGGUCCUCAAGCCGGCGGUUACCGCGGCCCUCCACCCCCUCCCAGCGACUACCGGCGAUCUCCCGCGCCUCAAAACGAUUAUGGCUUUGACCAGAAAAAUCAGCAAGGCCAGUUCCUCAAUGAGAACUACGGUCGUCCUCAGUACGGAGCAAACUCGCGUCAACCCUCUUCAGAAUCGACUCGUCCUCUUGCUCCUCAGCGCAGCUACACUGGCGACCAAAGUAUGGCAUCUCCGGAUCUGCAUGACUCUGGCGGCUUUGACUUCAGCUCUGGCUACAGUCGUCCGCAACAAUACAACUACAACCGCGGUCCGAGCGGUGGCAACCAACAUAUCGAGGACGAAGACGAACAGCGGCCCCCGCAAAGCAGUGGCGGCACCUACCCAGGAUACAAGGCGUACCAGCCGACAAAGGAUGGCUGGAGUGGCGUCUGA